AUGUCUCCGAACCUCCAGCCCGGUAUCAAGGACACUUCAAUCUCAGUCCGCGAUACCGCCGCUUUUGUGGACAGGUACAUGCCCAAGGAUGUGGCCGAAGGGUACAUCACACGAGAACUCAAAGCCUUUACCUGGCGAAUCAACCAGUGGAGCGCGCUUGAACCGGGGGAGGCUCGGAGCCCAGAAUUCACCUGCGCUGGCUUCAAAUGGCGAGUCUAUCCAAGCCGUGCCUGCUUCGACUACUGUCCUAACACUCCUAAUUACCUCAUCAGGCGAAUCUACCUGGUAAAUCGAGCCGCCGAUGGCAGAUAUCCAUCCAGGGUGUCCCUGUAUCUCGAGUGCAUGGGGCCCGCCGGCGGCGCCUCCUCCACUCAAGAAUGGUCCGUGCCCGCUCAAGGCCUCUUCGCAAUCUCCAAUGCGGUAGAUCCAACCAUCCAUCACUCCAAUGCGAUUCAUCAUCGAUUUAACCCAGACGAACACGAUUGGGGAUUCAACCAAUUUCUGGAUACAGAGCUGUUGGCAUCCACCGCCACCAGACCCAGACCGUUCGUUGAGAACGACCAGGUCGAUAUCACGGCGUUCGUUCACGUUGUUCAAGAUCCGACUGGCGUCUUAUGGCGUACCUUCUUUGGUGACUAUGACUCCAAGAAGACUACAGGCCAUGUCGGGAUCAAGAACCUGGGGAGCACGGGUUACAUGAACGUGCUCCUUCAGGCGUUGUACUUUACGAAUGCAUUUCCAAAGAUCAUAUUCCAAAUUCCAACGGAAGGACGCCGCUGGCCGGAAAGAAACACGCCAUUGGCACUUCAAAGGUUACUCUACAGCUUGAUGACCUCCGAAGAAGCCGUCUCUACACUGGAGCUGACAAAAUCGUUCGGAUGGAAACCAAUCGAUUGUUUAAUAGCCCACGACGUUCUCGAAUUCUACAGAGUGUUCAUUGACAAUCUCGAUACUAAAAUCAAGGGCACCCCGGCUGGCGACAGCCUACGGAACAUGAUAUCCGGGAAGAUGAAGUCCUUCCUCAGGCCUAUAAACAUGCCCGACCAGGAGUCGUCCCGCAUCGAGACAUUCACAGACCUCCAACUCAACGUAAAGAACCUCAAAGACCUGAACGCCUCCUUGCGAGACUACACCUCCACCGAAACCAUCGAAGACUACCCCUUCCAGGACCUAGGAAACCAGAACGUAUUGAAAGGAAUAACAUUCGAAUCGUUCCCUCCUUUCCUCCUCCUCUCCCUCAAACGCUUCGAGUACGACAUCGCAACAGACAGCAUGGUCAAACUGCACGACCGAUUCGAGUACCCAGCCCGUAUAGACCUCGCCGAAUUCCUGAGCGAGACCGUCGCCGCACAAUCCAAGUCCGAACCUUGGGUGUACCGCCUCCACGCAGUCAUCUCCCACGACGGCGGCAUACACGGUGGGCAGUACCUCGCCUACGUCCAACCCGACCGCCAAAGAUGGUUGAAAUUCGACGACGACCGUGUCACACCCGUCAUCGAACGCGAGGUCUUCGAGGGGAACUUUGGUGGAUACCCGUCGGGGCCGAACAGCGGCAAGAGCGCGUAUGUGCUCGUUUACAUCCGUGAAUCUGCGCGAGAGUUUUGGGAAGCGCCUAUGGAAUUGGAUGUGCCUGCUCAUAUCAGAAACCCACCGCCUACAGAAAGCAAAGUGGUGAAACCAGAAGACGAACGUCAGAAGAAUAGCAAGUUUAUGACCGUAAAGCUCGUCACAGAACAAUCCUUCACUUUCCACCAAGGCUUCGACCUCGCACAAUUCGAUGGCCCCAAGGACGAGGAGUCCCGCUCGCCAUCAGCUCCCACCAGCUUCCGCAUCCUCAAAACCGAAACGCUCGAAACCUUCAAGAGCAGAGUCUCCGACCACUUUGACGAGUUACCAGAGGACUCGUUCAUGUUCUGGAGCGUCAUCCUUCGGCAAAACCAGACUAUCCGAGCGCACGCCCCACUCCAUGGUUCAAUACCAGGUCGCACACCCGAUGAUCUAAUUAUACAAACAAUGGACGCCAUCCGAUCAAGCACCUCCCCCGAAACCCACGUACUCCGCCUUUACCUCGACCGCAUCCCACCCGGACUCCAAGGCUCCCCAUUCCCACCACCAGGAUGCAUCCUCGUAUUCCUCAAAUACUUCGACGCCUCACAACAGAGUUUAAUCGGUCUCUCGAAAAUCUACGCCCCAAGAACCGAGAAAAUCGGUGUUGUGUUAGCGCCCGUCCUGCAGAAAGCGUUGGGUUGGCCGUUGGACGAAGCGUUCAGAGUCUACGAGGAAAUAAAACCAACGAUGAUCGAACGUAUCAACAACCUGAAGCGGACCUUCGAGCAAUCAGAACUCAUAGAUGGAGACAUUCUAUGCAUCCAGUCGGAGAUUUCCUCCCAGGAGACAAGCGACCUCAAAGCUCGAGGACUUGCAACCGACCCGGUAGAGUUCUACGAACGCAUGCGUCUCGCUCCAACUCAAGGCCAAACAUUACCUGGAGCCAAUCUACCCUCCUCUACCGGUCCCAAAGCACCUGUUGUCCCCUCUCCCAAGCACACUAGCCAACUGGGCGUGGUAGUCUUAGGAGAGAAAGAGAAGUAG